AUGCGUGUAUACAAUUCAUAUGUGCUAUCAACUACCCUCAUAAUAUUGCAAAAAUAUACUUCCAAAAUUCUCAACUUCUAAAACUAUGUCGAUCACACACACUUUCACUUCUCAAAACUCAGUUUCUAAUUUAAAUUUGCCUAAAAACCUAGUUCAUAGAUCCCAUAUCCAUCUUCCAUUCAAUCCCAUUUCCGGUUUUCCGGCCACCAAACACAAUGUGUCGCCGCUCACAUCCGCCGCCCAUAGAUGGAACUUGAUGAUCGUUUACGCCAACGUCGAACCCGCAGGACCACCACCUCCACCGCCCGGUUCUCCUUUUGGUUCUUGGAAAAAUUGGGUUAUUGGGGUCUUGAUGACUUUUAUUAUACCCUUAGUUACCACCAAAGGAGGCCGAAUAAAACUACUAUUGCAGAAAGUUGACCAGAUAGUGGACACAGCGGAGCAUAUAUCGGAGGUGGUGGAGGCGGUGGCGGAUAAGGUGGACAAGGUGGUGGAAGAGCUGGAAGAUGUGCUGCCGGAGGGUAGUGAACUCAAGAAGACUCUUGAUUUCAUCGAAAAUGUUGCCGAAAAAGUGGAAAAGGAUGCUCAGACCGCCGGUGAUUUCAUAGACAAGGUUCAAGAAAUGGAGGACAAGAUAGAGGAUAUAAUGGAACCCGUACUAGAGGAAGCAAAGGAAGUAGCUAAAAAAGCCAAGGAAAAACAAAUGCAUUCACAUUCACAUUCACAACAACAAUAAAAUAUGAACACUUGUGAAAAUUUGUUAAGGAGACUAAAAGGUUCUACUGCAUUCCAACGAAUUAAACGCUCGCUUAAUCAUCAAGUCUUUCGAUGAUUCUUCGCACGUUUUUGUCUUAUUAGUUAUCGUGACUUAUGGAUACUCAACUUUUUAAUUA